AUGAAGAGUGAGGUGGGGAAACUCUUCGUAGAAGUCGUCACUCCCACUCCCUCAUACUCUCUUCCAUCUUCUUCCUCACAAACAAAAGAAAAAGCACAUUACAGUGCAGCUUUAAGGUUAACUGUGUUUGUGGGAAAGAGAAGAAGUGCAGCUUUAAGUUGUGGUCACCAACAUCACAAUAAUAAGGUUACUGCAUUGUACUUAACUGAGAAGUACUUAGAGGAUUGGAGGGAGAAUCCUUGUUGGGAUGUGAGGGCCUUUCAAAAAAAGGUCAAUAGGAAAUUAGGUUAUGAGGUUAAAUAUUCUAACUGUUAUAUGGCAAAGAGGAUUGAAAAGAAGUUAAUAUUUGGAGAUGCAAAUGAGGAGUAUGGUAGAGUAUGGGAUUAUGCAGAGGCUAUUAGGAACUACAGCUCAGGUAGUACAGCCAUAGUUAAGUGCAUAGGUAUUGAGAACCCACCUCCACUCUUCCAAAGAAUGUAUGUGUGUCUACAAGCAUGCAAAGAGGGUUUUAUGUCAUCUUUUGAUCAAGAAAUGAAUGCAAUUAAGAAGAUUUCUGUAGAUGCAUUUGACUACCUAAAUGCCAUUCCCCCAAAGCAUUGGUCUAGACAUGCCUUCCCAAAUAGGAGCAAAUCUGGUAUGCUUUUGAAUAAUUGUUGUGAGUCAUUCAACAAUGUGCUUAGGGAGAGGAGUGCAGUUAAGAGGGAAGGAUCGAGUAAGUUUCAGGGAGUUGUUAUGCCAUCUGUGGUGAAAUUAAUUGAAAACAAUGAGAAGUCAUGUCAUGGUGUUAGGUUAUCCCUGUUGAUGUUUUCGAGUUUGAGGUGGACACUAAUUGGAAUACUUUGCAAGCAUGCCAUUGCUUGCAUUGUGUAUAGAAAAUUAGACUACAUAGAUUUUGUCUAUGAGGCUUACCAUGUCAAGACAUAUGCCAAGACAUACGGACCUAGGUUCCAUGGAACGCCAGGGCAUAAAAUGUGGCCUACCUCCACAAACCCUAAGCCAUUACCACCUCCCUUUAGAAAAAUUUCUGGUAGGCCUAAUAAGAGGAAGAGGAGGUUGGAGGUUGAUGAAGCUAAGGGUGGGAAAAAACAAGGGUCUAUGGUGAGGGAGUAUAAGUAA